CCUACUCCUUGAUGAAGGACUCUCUAUAGGCUCCACCCCUUUUUGUGUGUAUGCCGAGCCUGGAUGCAGAGGUCCUGUUCAACCCCCGUUUCCUGUGCGGCAGACUCCGCCCUCUUUUUCAAGGCUGCCACAGGGUGGUUGCAACACAGAGCCCAGGGCUUCCCCGGGCAGCUCUGACUGCUCACUUGGCUGUGGAACUUGGACCACAGCAGACGUUCCAACCUCCGGAUAAUAUAGUGUGACAUGGCCUGGCUACCAAGCAGCUCCAACGGAGCAGAAAACGGCGACGAAAGGAGCACUGCCUCCAGUGGAGGUUCCUCCAGCGGUCGAAGGGAACAGGACGAGGCAAACGGAGGAGGUGCCGCAGGAGCCUCUGGAAGCGCAGGUCUCCCCGAGUCCUCCAGGUCCGCCUCGAGGCAACCUCCCGCCCUGCUCCGCCAUGCCACGCCCCAUUUGCAGCCCAAGACAGAGUCCAUCUCGGAUGGGGACGCCGAUGGCGAUGCCGAGAUGUCCGACUUUUCGCUAAACGAUACGGAAGAGGACGAGGAGGACCUGAGGGACUACUUGGUCCUGAACGGAAAUCAAGGAGAUGCAAACCGUUCCUUGUCCAGUUCUCCGCGCAGUCAUUCCCGGAACGGACCGUUGACGGCUCCGGCGAGUUCGGGCAGCUCCGUCGGUGGAAAUGGAGGCGCCGGUGGUGGCAGUUCCGCAGCUAGUUCCGGUGGCGUCAGUGGCGGCAAUGGCGUCGGUGGUGUCCGGAAGGUGUUCACCAACACCCGGGAACGAUGGCGGCAGCAAAACGUGUCCGGGGCAUUCGCUGAGCUUCGUAAGCUGGUUCCCACACAUCCGCCGGACAAGAAGCUAUCCAAGAACGAGAUCCUACGGUCGGCCAUCAAGUACAUCAAGCUCCUGACCGGCAUCCUGGAAUGGCAGCAGCGCCAGAAUCCCGAACAGAACAACAACGACAAUCGGACGGUCAAUGGCCACGCCCUGGACACGUGUAUUCCGGACUCUGGGGACUCCAUGGAUAACCCGUCCGUGAGGCACAUCAAAUGCGAGAGAGGAGAUCACCGGAACGGGGGCAAUGACCUGCUCAUGAUAGCUCCAGGAGCUCUAAUCAAAACGGAGAAUCUACAGGUUUCCGGUGCUGCAGGAGCAGCAGUAGCCACGCCCACCAUGCCGUCCCUGCCACUGACUCCGCAUGCCCAGGUUCCGGGCGAGAAUGGCCGGAUGGGGGUAGCGGGAGCCGGAUUGGGUCUGAGGUUGGCGGCCAGGAGUAGCAAGCGACGCCACAAGCAGGAAAACGGAAGUGGCAAUGGAACCGGAAAUGGAGCCACGGAUCUCAGUCUUGGAAAAAGAAGAAGGACAUGAAAAUAUUUCAAAAAUAAAUAGUUGGAACAUUUUUUUUUUAAUUUAAGAAAAAGUGCUCGAAAGUAGCCCUCCUUAUAUAGGCCAAGCCAGAACUGGUUGCGAAUUGUAACGGAACCCCAAAUGGACU